ACACAGUUGAAAAAGAAGGAGAAGAAGAAGAAGAAGAAGGAGAAGAAGAGGGGGAGGUCGGUCAUUAUUCAGGGGGAAGAAAGAAAGAAACUCCGCCGUCCACCGUGCACCGCUCGCGGGGAGGGAUUCUACCGCCGCCCGGGAGGCUCGCUCGGUCCCGCCGCUCCGCUCCUUCUCCUCCGCCGGGAUGUGAGUUAACGGAGCUCCGGGUUUUCUCCUCGUCUCCUUCUCCGGCUCCUCCAAACUUCUCCGCUACUCAUGUUCCAGCGAGUCCCGGAGCGGACUUCUCCCCCGAGGACAAACCACCGGACGGGACACGGACCGAGGACACCGACCGGAGGCGGUCUGUGCUUCCUGUGCUUUUAAAGUUGGACUCCUUUUUUCUUGUUUUUACAAAGCGAGCACGUUUCCUCCCGGGAUGAAUGGCAGGAGUCGACGGAUCCGUGUUGUUGUUCACACCGGAGCCCACAUGAAGUGUUGAUAUCCCGCUUUGUCUUUCUGAUUCUCUCCCAGAGGGAAGUUCACACACUCACACACUCACACAGACACACACAGACUCUGGAUCAUACACACACACACACACACACUUCACAAGAUGCAGAUGUGGAGCCACAUGAGGGCCCACAAAGGAGGCCCUCCACCACCGUAGGUCACUCUCAAGUGUCCUGGAUGUGUGUCUCCAUCGUUUCCUGUCUGGAUCCACACUGAGGUGAACUGCACCAGUGAUUCUCUCCCAGUGCGAUGGCUCCUCGUUCCCAGCAGCCCCCCUGCGCCUGUGGAUCCUCCACAUAGAGGCCGAGGACCCCGAGGACUCGAGUCAUGUAACCACCCUGAAAUGUCUUAAAGCUUUUAUUUAUCUGUUUUUGUAUUUAUUGUGUGUUUGUAUAUAUAAUAAGCGGUCCUUUUUUUUAAUUAUUAUUUAGCUUUGAGCUACUUCAAAGGCCAGUUUCCUUUUUUUUUUACUUCUAAUUAUAGUAUUUGAUUUUUUAUUAUAGUAUUUGAACGCUGACAUUUCAACUGUCGUAGUAGAAGCUGUCGAUUUUACUUUAAACCUCCUUGUUCUGCUGCUGUAACUUCAAGGAGAAGCAGUGAGACUUGACUUUGCCCAGACAGGUAUUUAAAACACAGACACACAAAGGAGAAGGCUUCAUCAUGGACAGGCCCAUCAGCAAGUUACUGGAGAAGUUAAAGCUCACAGACUCGGGCAGUGUGAAAUUCAACAGUUCCAAGAAAAAACACGACUCUGCCAACAACUCCAAUAACAGCAACGCCAACGCUGGCAUCUCCAGAGGAGGAGGUGGAGGGGGAGGAGGUGGUGGGGGUGGGGGCAGCGGUCUGCCACCAGCUCCCGGCUCUGCAGCUGCCUCGCCCUCCAGACCUGGCCAGUUCCCGCUUGCCUCUGCAACCACAAGUGAUGCAUGUGUUCCAGCGAGUGGGAGGGGAGGAGGGGGAGGCAUUCCUCCCCCUCAGCUCCUCACCUCACCACAGACUUCCGCCACGGUGGGCACCAUAUCUUCAGAUGGGGAGCAGCCGCUCCACCCCUCCACCUUGGCACCGCUGAGGCGCCGCUCCCCCCAGCAGCGGGCUUCCUGUUACCUGGGGGAAGGUGUGGACUCCCACAUGAGGCGGGAGUCGGGCCUGGGACCCGAGUGUGACACGAUGGGGAUGUUUGGAUCCAGGACGUCCCUGAACCAGCGGCGCUGCUCCCUGGAGCUCCAGCAGCUGGUCAAACGACAGCAGCUCCUCUCCCAGCCACCUCCUCCGCCGUACUCUGCCGCCGCGGGCUAUGGGUCGGCCCCCAGAGGUGGUCUGGCCGAGCCCGGGUACCUCUCCGAGCCCGAGAGGCACAAGCGUCUCUCUCUUCAGGAGGCUCUGUUAUACAAGCGCCUGAGCACGGGCAGUGAACUGUGGGAGAGCCCCCGGCCUGCGUCCCUCUCCCAUCCGCCCCACCGGCCUUCUGAUGGGACCGGAGGAGGUGUAGGAGGAAGCUUCUUCUACCCUCCGGGCCCGGCUGUGAGCCCAUGCUCGUCUUUCAGCCUCCAGGAGUCGGUGCUGGUCAGCCCCAGGUCCAGCUUCGCCUCCAGCACGGCCAGCGGCGGUGGGGGGGGAAGCCCCAUGGGGAGCCGCUGUAGCAGCAACCGGACCAGUGGCAUCAGCCUGGGCUAUGACUCCCGGUACUCUGCCUCUGGAGGCCUCCCCCCACAGCAGCCGUCCCCCUCCAUGCAGUCGGGGAUGUGUGUGGCUGGUUACUGCACCCCAGGACGGCCGGGGGUCACCCCUGUAGAGGCCUGGACUCAAUACCUGGACGGGGGGAUGCGUCCGGGGGCCCACGACAGUCGACACUCUUACCCACCGGCUGUAGGAAGCCCAGCAGCCGCAUGUUACCGUGGUGGCCCAGACUGGUGGGAUGAGCAGCAGCUGGGGGCGAGAGGCAAAGAGGGGGGGGGCCCGAUGGGAGAGAGGGCCCGCUACUCGGACCUGCCGGGCACCCGCUACCAGGAGGAGCUCACCCGGCUGCUCCUGAGGGACGCGGCGCUGGAGGGCGACGGGCUCCUGGAGGGCCUGAUGCUGAAGGAGCAGUCCCUGGCCCUGACCGCUCUCUCCAAACCCAGCGCCACAACACUGUCCUCGGCUGGGGGGCCCGGCAAACCUCAGGAGGACCCAGGAGCCGGAGUGGGACGGGAGGCCCCGGAGAACCGCCAGGAGUACUUUGGAACCUGUGUGAAGUGUGGGAAAGGCGUGUACGGUGCGGACAACGCCUGCCAGGCUCUGGACAACCUCUAUCACACACGCUGCUUCACCUGUGUGUCCUGUGGACGCACCCUGAGGAACAAGGACUUCUACAAUGUCAGUGGCUCUGUGUACUGUAAAGAGGAUUACAUGUUUUCGGGAUUCCAGGCUGCUGCAGAGAAGUGUAGUGUGUGUGGCCAUCUUAUUCUCGAACAGAUCCUUCAGGCUCUCGGGAACUCGUACCAUCCCGGCUGUUUCCGCUGUGUGGUUUGCUCAAAGGCUCUGGACGGCGUGCCUUUCACUGUGGACCAGCACAGCAAAGUCUACUGCGUCACAGACUACAACAAGACUUUUGCCCCCAAGUGUGCUGCCUGUUUACAACCCAUCUUACCCACUGAGGGCAGUGAAGAGAUCCUCAGGGUCGUGUCUAUGAACAAGGAUUAUCACUUUGAGUGCUAUCACUGCGAGGAGUGUCGACAGCAGCUCUCGGAUAAGCCCGGCUCGCAGUGCUUCCCCCUGGACACUCAUCUCCUCUGCCACUCCUGUCACAUGGGCCGAGUGUGCACCAGCGCCACACACAACAUUCCCCCCCACAACACACACUGAUCAGCGUCUAUGCAGCUAACGGGUGUUUUGAAAAAGCUGGUCGUGGCGUGUCGUCGGUUUCACUCGAGUGUCGCGUCGUGUUUUCUUCUGUUUCCCUCUCGGAGAUGAAACUGCUGAUAUGAGACAUUUCCACUGGUUCCCUCGGAUCAGUCCCCGUGUGUCACAUGUACUGCCUGCUGUACUUCUUGUACUAUUACUGUAUCAUAGUUAUAAGGGAACGAAACUACUGCUUUUGUUAUUUUUUUUUUUAUUACCCCAAUGUGGCUACUGUUUGCUGUAGAAGAACAAGGGAUUUUGCUAAACUGUUUUUUUGCUAAAA